AUUAUAACUACCUGCCUUGUUGUGCAGCUCAGGAUAAAAGUGGGGUUGCAACAAGCUCUACUGGAGCAGCCUUCGUGAUUAGAAAGCGCUCCACACCUGGGAGCCGGGGAGACAUGAGAAUAAUUUUAAAUGCAAAUUAAAUUGAGGGGGUAGCAGAGAAGAGCACAUAAAAGACAGUAAAACAAAACCUUUCAGUUUUCUUAAAUUAGCAGUCUAAUGUGUUCUAAAGAGCAGCUCCACUCAGAUCUCUUCUUAGGGGUUGCAUUUCAUCACAGUAUAAAUGGGCAAAUCCAUCACUUCCCUCUGCUCAGUGUUCUUGAAACAAGAGUGAAGGGAAAAUUAGAAGCUGUUCAUUUGGGCUUGUGGGCUCAGAAGCGUCACACUGCUUUGUUCUGUACUCUAUCGUGUCCUGUUGAAAGAGGUCAACAAGUGCCGGGGAGGGUGCAGAGGCUGAGGCUGGCGUCACCUUCCGUUGCUAAGGUAACGUGCUCUGGCCAUUUUAUCUGAUAAAGGAAGUCCAGUGGACUGUAUGCAUUAUUCAUCACUGUUCUAAUCAAACAAUCAAAAUCGUUUAUUUUCACCGGGAAUAUUUAGCAAGAUCAAAGACACUCUGGCUGGAACGGCUCUUGGUUUACCGCCGACAGUUAGCCCUGGGUUUUUAUUUUUUGCAAUAUUCAAGUGAACAUUUUCUCUCAGAACUCCGUGUUUGGAACACCAAGGAUGGAUUACCCCAAAAUGGAUUAUUUUCUGGACGUAGAGUCUGCUCAUAGACUCUUGGAUGUUGAGUCAGCUCAAAGAUUCUUCUACAGCCAGGGAGCUCAAGCUCGCCGGGCGACCCUGCUCCUGCCUCCCACAUUAAUGGCGGCAUCCUCGGAGGAUGAUAUAGACCGGCGGCCCAUCCGGAGAGUGCGCUCCAAGAGCGACACGCCAUACCUCGCGGAGGCCAGGAUCUCCUUUAACCUGGGGGCAGCUGAGGAAGUGGAGAGGCUGGCGGCGAUGCGUUCUGACUCCCUGGUCCCGGGCACCCACACCCCACCCAUCCGCAGGAGAAGUAAGUUUGCCAACCUGGGAAGGAUUUUCAAGCCUUGGAAAUGGAGGAAGAAGAAAAGUGAAAAGUUUAAGCACACAUCAGCAGCCCUGGAAAGGAAAAUAUCUAUGAGGCAAAGCAGAGAAGAGCUGAUAAAGCGAGGAGUCCUUAAGGAAAUCUAUGAUAAAGAUGGGGAACUCUCCAUAUCCAAUGAAGAGGACUCCCUGGAAAAUGGGCAGUCCCUGAGCUCCAGCCAGCUGUCUCUGCCUGCCCUGUCCGAAAUGGAGCCAGUCCCCAUGCCCAGGGACCCCUGCUCGUAUGAGGUGCUCCAACCUUCAGACAUCAUGGAUGGGCCAGUGUCUGAAGAGAGUCCCUCUGCCAGUGAGUCUGGAGUCCUCCUGUCCCAAGAUCCUUCAGCCAAACCAGUCCUGCUCCUGCCCCCCAAAAAACCUGCUGCUUUCCCUGGAGACCAUGAAGAGACCCCAGUGAAGCAGCUGCCCCUUCUCAAGCAGCCCCCGGCCCUGCCUCCCAAACCCACUACCAGGAUUGCCAACCACUUAACAGAUCCUGGUGCCCCUGUGAAAUUGCCUUGUCUGCCAGUGAAACUAUCGCCUCCGCUACCUCCAAAGAAAGUCAUGAUCUGUAUGCCUGUGGGGGGGCCAGACCUCUCGCUGGUGUCCUACACAGCCCAGAAGAGUGGCCAGCAGGGUGUGGCCCAGCACCACCACACCGUCCUGCCGUCCCAGAUCCAGCACCAGCUGCAGUACGGCAGCCACGGCCAGCACCUCCCCUCCAGCACCGGCUCCCUCCCCAUGCAUCCCUCGGGCUGCAGGAUGAUAGACGAGCUCAACAAGACACUGGCCAUGACCAUGCAGAGGCUGGAAAGCUCUGAGCAGCGGGUCCCCUGUUCCACUUCUUACCACAGCUCUGGGUUGCACUCGGGUGACGGGGUCACCAAAGCAGGACCUAUGGGCCUUCCAGAAAUACGACAAGUGCCAACUGUUGUGAUUGAAUGUGAUGACAAUAAGGAAAAUGUGCCUCACGAGUCAGACUACGAAGACUCUUCUUGCCUGUACACAAGAGAAGAGGAGGAAGAGGAGGAGGACGAAGACGAUGACAGCUCAUUAUACACCAGCUCCCUGGCCAUGAAGGUCUGCAGGAAGGACUCCUUAGCCAUCAAACUCAGCAACAGGCCCUCCAAGCGAGAGCUGGAAGAAAAGAACAUCCUUCCCAGGCAGACAGAUGAGGAGCGGCUGGAGCUGAGGCAACAGAUUGGCACCAAGCUCACCAGGCGGCUGAGCCAGAGGCCAACUGCAGAGGAACUGGAACAGAGGAACAUUUUGAAACCUCGGAAUGAACAAGAGGAACAGGAGGAGAAGAGAGAGAUCAAGAGGAGGCUAACCCGAAAGCUCAGUCAAAGGCCCACGGUGGAAGAGCUUCGGGAAAGGAAGAUCCUUAUCCGCUUCAGUGACUAUGUGGAGGUGGCUGACGCUCAGGACUAUGACCGCAGGGCAGAUAAGCCGUGGACCCGCCUCACCGCUGCCGACAAAGCUGCCAUCCGCAAGGAGCUCAAUGAAUUCAAAAGCACUGAGAUGGAAGUUCAUGAAUUGAGUAGACACUUAACAAGGUUUCACCGACCUUAACAGUCAAAUUCCUCUUGAGUGCUAUGCUGUCUUCAAAACAUAAAUUUAUAAGAACCGUAAGUGCUGGUAUUUAUUCACUUCCCCAUUACGAUGUAAAUCUUCUGAACUGCCUUUUUUAAAAAAGAAGAAAAAUCAAGGAAACACAAUCAGGAUAUUAUGUGUGAAAACGCGAAAGUGAUGGCUCAGGGGUCCGAGCCGCUGGUCCCACUUCUGACACCAAAAUGCGUCCCAACCCCCGGCAGUGCCAAGGGCAUUGGCAGGGCCCUGACUGAAGACUUCCCGGCAGGUGGAACAGUCCUUGUCCUCUCCAACCAGGCCCAGCAGGCACUGCCUUCAUGAAGUCUCCAGCAAACCUCUUCCUCACAAGUGUCUGUCACCUGAGUCCAAAGAAAGUUGAAAGGGUGGGUUUGUUUUAUGGCGGGGGGUACUGUGCAAAGCUAAUGAUCUGGUUGGACUUCUACACUUGGCCAAAUGUACUGGCUCCAGACAUGACAUCUGGCUUGGGGGCCCUUUGGAGGUGACACCAAGAGGGAGGGAGCACUUAUCAGUUGCCCCUGGCUUUUCCCUCCAGCCACCACCCACAAAGUGAACAAAAGGUAAGGGCCCAUUUCUGGGAGAGCCUGGCUGCCUCCUGGCAAUAAAGGCUGGCACUGAGCAUCUAUCCUGCCCCCCGCCUGAGCUGAGCUGCCUUUCAGGAAGCUCUGGUUUAGAUGGGGAAAGUUGUCAUGUGCUCAGUUCAAAUAAUCAACCCAUCUGUGUUCAGA